GUGACGUCAUUGACAGGCAAGAAGUACGGAAAUCAGAAAUGGCUGCGAUGGGUAGUGGACGAGGGACGAUGGAUUCCCAAAAUCAAGUGCAAAGUGAUUCAGUAGAUCGUUUAAAAUUGCUUUAUCCAAAUGUGAAUGAAGAUGAAACUCCUCUGCCAAGAUCAUGGAGCACAAAAGACAAAUUCAGCUACAUCGGGCUAUCGCAAAAUAAUCUUAGAGUGCACUACAAAGGUGGGACGCAGGGUCCAGGACGAAGACCCCACCUGCCCUAUCUCCACUUACGCCUCUGGAUGCAUCGACAUGGCAAAACUCACAAGGACGCAGCGAGCGUGCGCGCAACCCACCCGAUACCGGCGGCUUGCGGUCUGUACUAUUUCGAGGUCCGGAUCGUCUCCAAGGGUCGGGAUGGCUACAUGGGCAUCGGGCUGUCCGCUCACGGCGUCAACAUGAACAGACUGCCUGGCUGGGACAAGCACUCGUACGGUUACCACGGCGACGACGGGCACUCGUUCUGCUCGUCGGGCACGGGGCAGCCGUACGGGCCGACCUUCACCACCGGUGACGUCAUCGGGUGCGGUGUCAACCUCGUGGAUAACACGUGCUUCUAUACGAAGAACGGACACCACUUGGGCAUCGCUUUUAGAGGGCUGCCGCCGAACCUGUACCCGACGGUGGGGCUGCAGACGCCGGGCGAGGUGGUGGACGCCAACUUCGGGCAGCAGCCGUUCGUGUUCGACAUCGAGGACAUGCUGCGGGAGCUGCGCGCGCGGACCCGGCUCGCCAUAGACGAGUUCCCGCUGCCCGACGAGCAGGGCCAGUGGCAGCAGGUGUUGCACAGAAUGGUGUCGACGUACCUGGUGCACCACGGGUACUGCAGCACGGCGCAGGCCUUCUCGCGCGCCACCGGCGAGCGCGUGCACGAGGACAUCGCAUCCAUUAAGAAUCGACAACGGAUAUCGAUGCUGGUGCUGGGCGGGCGCGUGGGCGAGGCGGUGGAGCUGGCGCGGCGCCUGUACCCGGGCCUGCUGGAGAGAGACCCCGACCUGCUGUUCCUGCUCAAGUGCCGCCAGUUCGUCGAGAUGGUCAACGGGACCGACUCCGAGAUGUGCGACGGUGACACGGAGGGCACUUGCGGUGCGAACGGCGUGGCCACGUCCGUCAUAUCGCACACGUCACGCGCGCACUCGCCCGCACCCGCCGAGCCCACACCCCCCACACCCCCUGCGACACUGGGGGUCACAGGGGUUACGGGGGUUACAGGGGUCGCGGGGGUCACAGGGGUCGCGGGGGUCACGGAUGUGGCAGAUGUGACAGGUGGCUCGCCGCCGCCGCACGCCGCGCACAACGGCCUGCAUCAUACUAAUGGUGUGUCAGAAAUGGCGGAAGGUGAGCCUCGCGCGAACUGUGACGUCGACAUGACGCCGGCACACGCUUCGCCGAACGGUGUCGCUGGUCCGCAGCCGGUGAAGGGCAUGCCGGGCGUCACGGCGUGCGUCGCGGCGCUGCUGUCGCCGCACAGGCUCGAAGGGGAGGGGUGUCGCGCGUCCGUGGAGCGCAUGCUGGCGUUCGGGCGCGAGCUGUACGCUAUGAGCCAGAAACUGACGCAGGACCACUAUCACAAGUCCAUGCUAGAGGACGCGUUCAGUCUUCUAGCGUAUAGCAAUCCAUGGGACAGUCCGUUGGGCUGGCAGCUGGAGCCAGUGCGUAGAGAGGCUGUGUGUGAAGCACUCAAUUCUGCUAUACUCGAGUUCCAAGGCAUGGGCUGGGUGUCCCCCGUGGAAGCGUGCGUGUCCCACUCCCGCGAGCUGCUCCGGCGCAUGGCCCGAGCGUCCCUCGGAGCGUGUGCGUUCGCCGACCUGCCCGCACUGCUGCGGCGCUGACCCGCCGCGCCCGUGCGCCUGCGCAGGCGGGAACAUGCGCAGGCGCAGCACAGGAGUGUGGUGCGGGCCACGCACAGGGCGCUGCUGAGGAUGUGCCGCCAGUAAUAUGAUGGUGGAGAGGGUCUGCCCUGUAGGGUGGAGUUCCAAUAGUAUAGUGGCAGGUGUUACGAAAUGGCUAAAAGUGGUGUGUAGCCCCUGAGCGUUGGCAAAAUGGCAAUAGGCGAUGUACUGUCCCCCAACUGUAUAGUAGUACUUGCUGCGGACUAGAACCUACCCAGUAACUGCCACACAGAGGGCGCUGCUGAGGAUGUACAAGCAGUUGGGUCUGUUAGUGGACGGCACUACACAGUACAGUAUAGUGGCAGGUGUAAAGUGACAAUAGGUGUUGUAGGUAGCCCCUAAUGCAAGAAGAAAUGGCAAUAGGCAGUGGGCGUGUGUAGCCCCUGAUCAUGAUGCGAAAUGGCACUAGGUGGUGUCUAUAGUCUCCUAACUGUAUAGAUUAUAGUGUCGCGUGACGUGCGAGUAUGUGUAACUAACUAGGGGAUUAAUUACUGAGUACUGGUUAGUGAGCUCCUGCCCACGUGGCUGCGUCGCCGACCACUUGUUGCGAAACGGUAUGUAGUCCCCCAGUUACAAAUUGGUCACGUACACACUCAAACAUUUAUUUACUUAUUCAAUUAGACUUCUUCUAGAAACACUUUUGAAAAGUCAUUACAUAUUUUUAACAUUUACCACCGAUUCGGAAAGCAGUAUCUACGGAGAAGAACUGGCAAGAAACUCCAUAGUUGCUCUUUUAAAUCAUGUCAAUUUUACAAAAUAUUAUAAUCAUAUAUUAUAAUAACUAUGCCUACUGUUGUGUACGUGUACGUGUACCUGUCAGUAUGUGCACCCGCUCGCUACCACUAUUGUCUGCUGCCACUUGUAUUAUGAAUAUUAACUCUUAUCGCACGUGCCACUCGCCAUUACCGUACAGAGAUGUGUACGUACAUGAUAAAAAGUGUAUACGACACUAAAAUCCACCUUUCUUAAUUAAAUAUACCUGCCACUUCACUACAUUAUUUAUACAUUACGAGGGACUACCACACAACAUACAUUAUAUCUGUAAACCAGGCAAGUGUGUGUUCAAAAAGUGAAUAAUACUAGAAGUAGUUCAUGCGAUUAUGGACUCUAAAUGUACGUGAUAUAAAGUAUAUAUUACAUGAUAUUAGACAAUAAGGCUUCUAAAUGAGUAAUAGAGCUCACGAUACCUACUAAAUAAUAGUGUUAUUACAGAUAUAGGAACAAGUAAUAAUAUUAUUUGGCUGUAUGUAACAUUUUGAUAUACAUGGUAGUUAAAAAGGGGACAAAAUAAGAAAGAUUAGAUAGUUUUAAGACCAUUUUAAUACUUCCUGAUAAAGUAACGGAUAGCUUAUUUCAUACUUUGACAUGUAUUUUGAUACAUUCUUCGUAAUUUUAACUGAUGGAUAAGCUAAAACAUAAUAUUUGAAAGUUAUUAAACUGGUUAUUAAUCUGAUAUAAUAUA